AGUCUUGGUGGCUGCGGACGAUCAGGAUAGAAGCGAAUAUCGUCAUGUGGCAGUAUCGGACGAUCGGCCUUUUGGCCUUACUGCUUGCAGCAUGCGUCCAAGCGCGAGAAAUCGAAUUAUUGCGAUCGAAGCGUGGCGGCGAAGGAGCCUCCGCUUUCAGCAGCGCCAGCAGUUCGGCAAGCGCCAGUUCGUACGGCGGUGGUAGCAGCUUCUCCAAAUCCGAUUCUAAGGCUACCGGCAGUGCCUCGGCAGGUGCUCAAUCUUCGGCAUUGGCGAAUGCCGGUGCAUAUGGUGGCGGUUUAGGAGGCGGUGGCGGCGGAGGAGGAGGUGGUGCCGGAGGUGGCGGUCACGGUGGAUUUGGCGGCGGUCAUGGAAGUAGCGGUAGCGGUGGAUUUGGCGGUGGUCACGGAGGUGCCGGUGGAUUCGGCGGUGGUCAAGGAGCCGGUGGCGGACACGGUGGUGGUGGAGGUGGCGGUGCCGGUAGCGGUGGAUUCGGCGGUGGUCCCGGAGGUAGCGGUGGACACGGUGGAUUCGGCGGUGGUCCCGGGGGUGGACACGGUGGUGGCGGAGGUGGCGGUGCCGGUAGCGGUGGAUUCGGUGGCGGUCCUGGGGGUGGACACGGUAGCGGAGGCGGAUACGGAGGCGCUGGUGCUGGUAGCGGCGGAUACGGAGGUGCAGGUGGACACGGAGGUGGCCUAGGUGGUGGCGCUGGACAGGGAGGUGGAUACGGAGGUGCUGGUAGCGGUGCUGGUAGCGGUGGAUACGGAGGUGGCGGUGCUGGUAGCGGCGGGUACGGAGGUGCAGGUGGACACGGAGGUGGCUCAGGUGGUGGUGCUGGACACGGAAGUGCUGGUAGCGGUGCUGGUAGCGGUGGAUACGGAGGUGGCGGUGCUGGUAACGGCGGGUACGGAGGUGCAGAUGGACACGGAGGUGGCUCAGGUGGUGGCGCUGGACACGGAGGUGGCUCAGGUGGUGGCGCUGGACACGGAGGUGGCUCAAGUGGUGGCGCUGGACACGGAGGUGGAUACGGAGGUGCGGGUAGCGGUACUGGUAGCGGUGGAUACGGAGGUUCCGGUGGACAUGGAGGUGGCGGUGGUAGCGGUGGUUACGGCAGUGGCGGCGCAGACGGUGUUAGUAAAAUAAGUGGUGGAGGUGGAGGUUACGGCGGGUCGGGCGCCGGAGGAUACGGAGGGGCCGGUGCUGGCGCCGGAGGAUACGGAGGAGCUGGUUCCGGGGCCGGAGGUCACGGUGGCGGCGGCCCCGGAGGAUACGGUAGUGCCGGAGGUAGUGGUGGUGGUGGUGGGGGUUAUGGCGGGGCUGGCUCCGGUGCGGGUGGUUACGGAGGUGGCCAUGGUGCGGGAGGUGGAUCUGGCGGAGGUGAUGGCCACGGAGGCGGUUUGGGUGGAGGCUUAGGCGGUGGCCAUGGCGGAGCAGGCGGAGGUGGUCACGGAGGAGGAGGUUUUGGUGGUGGCGGAUGUGAUACCGGAAGAUGCGGAGGAGGCGGUGGCAGCGGAGCCAACGCUAAUGCUCAUGCUAGCGCCAGCGCGAAUGCGAACGCCGGCGCCGGCGGUGGUUACGGAGGUCACGGAGGUCACGGAGGUCACGGACCAGAUUUAUUCUCUCGUAUCGCUGAGGACGACGUGAGCCAGAGCGGUACCGUCGACAAUGCCAAAGGUGUUUACAGCAGCAGCGCGGCGAACAUAGACAGCAGCGGCAAAGGCACCUACGCCGUCAAAGCCGGAAAAAUCACGUAAAGUCGCGCUUACGCGAGUAUGAAGACGCGCGGGGUCGACGAAUAUUCGAAUUUUCCAGAUUGGAUGUCGCUCAAAGAUACCUCUCGGACGAUUGGAGAACACAGAUGUGAUUGAUUACAAUCGUACAUCUUAAUGCACAAAAUGCAGCAAUAAGGUCUACGCUUUAUUUAUUUCGUAAUCACCGGAAAUGAGAUGUGACGUCUGAAAAUAAAAUUAUGGAAUUGUAUAUAAUAAUAA